AUGUGUGCGCUGUCAAUGCUGCCUUUUUUUGCUAUUUUUUUCAUUUAUCAAAAAUCUGGCUUUUCUCAACAAGACAUUUCUUUCAACACAAGCCGUUUCUUACGUCAGGAUUUCAAUAUUGCCCUUUCCACCAACUCUAGCCAAGGUUACGUCCGUCUUAAGCUGCAAGCAUUCAUUUUCGAAGUGACACAUUAUUUGAAACCUGAAAAGGGCAAUGCCGGUGGUCACUUGAGGCGACUCAUGAAACCCUAUCCCCACAUCCUACUUGAUCCCGGUUACACAUCCAAUCUCAUCACCUCCUACCAUCCACUCUCAAUUCAAGCGGGGAUCUGUCGACAAUUCCAGGCCACACGCCGCAAAAAUUAUGAAAGCGUUCCAACCAGCAUCUUUGUUGUUAAUGAUAUUGGCGCCAUGGUAAAUAGGCCAAGGCACGAUAGAUUACUCCAACUGUUCUUUCAAAUAACUGCAUCGCUUGGUCUACCCACCCUGACCUGGAUGCCCAACAGGAUUGGAGAAUUCGAGUUAGAGGAGACACAACUGGCGACUCGAUUAGAGCCGCUCACAUGGCAUGUGGCAAGAGCGCUGGUUGAUUUUUCGCAGGCCUUUAACUGGAAUAUAAUCAUAUUGCUUUACAACACCUAUGCACCUGGCUCCAGACCCCUGAUUUCAGAGUUGAAGUUCCUGCAAAUGGAGCGAGCUAAACAGGACCAUCCAAAUUACUACGAAUUUGAAGUAGAUGCCUAUCUUCCAUUUGACGGUUUCACAAAGCGGAAAUUAAAGGACUGCACUGUAUUUAAGAAUAAUAUUGAUGUGGACUGCUUUGAUUCGCUGUUGGUUGCAAUGCAGAACAUUUGGAAGUCAAUUAGCCGAGUUAUCAUCUUCAAUGGAAAUCAAUACGAUUUGAAUGCGUUGAUGUACGUUGCUGAUAUGCUGGAAGGCACACAAAAUGAACACCUUAAAGAGCUUUUCGGAACAAGUUACGUGUGGAUUUUUACGCCUUCGACAAUGGCUCCACUAACAAUAGUGGAUCAAGUUGAAACGGUUAAUCGUGACAACAUUGUCCUGUCGGAAUUCACCAUGUUCCGGAAAAUUCCCGGCAUGUUCGGUUUGAUUUGUCUAAAUGAUGCAGACAACCGAAAACGUCACGCUGAGUUGGCUCGUGAGGUGUGGCACAAGUCCCUUAUGGAGUUAAUAAAGCAGAUGGCUAAUCUCUUUCCACCGGUAAAACCGAUCAAUCUUAACUCCACCUCUGCCGAGACCAUCAAGUACCAUCGCUUCUUGUUGGAAAAACUGCGGCCGGGCGACCUUUGCGAAAGCAGCGAACAUGUGGCUUGGCAGUGGGGGCGUCGACUAAACAAGUAA